AGAAAUUUAAUUCUGAAGAUUCAGUUUCUACCAUGUCAACGGGUACUCUUGCAGAGGAAACCACACAAGAAACAGUUAGAGAUAUCAAAUUAACUGAAGAAAUUAUUUCAGAAAUUCCGGCGACAAAAGCGAGCAUAUCUGAACCUUCAUUAACUAAAUCAACAGUGAAUGACAUAGUUAACCCUGUUGUAGAUAAUAAAGUUUUACCUGAUAAUGAUUCGAUAAAAUCAAAAGAUGUUAUUCAAGUUGAUAAAGGAUCCUCAAUCACUAUACAUACAGAAGAUACAGAAAAAGUUUCUACUCCUAUAUCAAGCGCUGUGACUGCAAUGACGUCACCUACUCAGUCAUCGAAACCAGCUUCAUGGUCUAAUGUAGCUGCCAGUGAUAGUAGUAAAUGGGCUCAUCAUCAACUUACUGAAACCAAAGGCCGAGUGGUUGCACCACAAAUAACACGAGCCCAAUCCCAACCAUCGAAUCGAGAUCCAAGAGACCGUA